AUUUCAUCCCAGUUUGCUUUAUCUCUUUUUAGCCACAUCCAAACUUUCCUUCUCUUCCUCUAUUUCUGUAAUUUGUUUUUAGCAGCUAGACAGAGAUGGCGGAGGAAGCUCAGAACGGCGGUGCGAAGAACGGAGCCGCUAAGGCUGUCACCUUCUCCGCUCUCAAGCCGCAGCUGUUCGUGGAAGGUGCCAAGGCAAACGACGCCGUGCAGUUCUACAAGACCGCGUUUGGUGCCGAGGAGGUCAGUCGUGUGAUGAACACGAAGAGGAAGGCCGAGCAGGAAGUUCCUCUCAUUCUCUACGCUGAGCUGAAGCUCGGUUCCACUGUUUUUCUCGUUUCUGACCUAACCGAGGACUCCUCUGCACCGGCCAAGGCUGAUGCUACUGCUGCCGUUUUUGCCUUGGAGACUGAGGACGUGGACACUGCGGUUGCUAAUGCUGUUUCCGCCGGCGCUGUUGCUGAAGGUGAAAUCUCUGAGGGUGAGGCCACUUGCUGCGGUGGUCGCGUUGGCAAGGUGAAGGACCCAUACGGCAACCUUUGGUUCAUCUGCUCCCCCGCUAAGAAGUCCGUAGAGACUGUUGAGGCUUGAAAGCCGUCGGAUCUCAUCUAAUCACUAUUACUGCAUAACUAUUUCAUCUAUUUGGGUCAUGGUAGUUUAACCCGGUAAUGGUUAGUGCUUAUAAUUACAGAGCAGUUAUCUUUGUUUUGUGACUUAAUGACGCCGUCAAUGCUGUUACUCUUGGUAAUUUUGACUAGCAACAAUCGGAUUCACUUUUGCUUAAUCCCUAUUUGAAUCUGAGAUUGUUUUGACAUC